AUGUCUCCUACAGGUUUAAACUUCAGUCAGCUUUCUAUCAAUCCAAAGAUGCAGGCAUCCGGGAGUUCUCGUCAUGGCCGACAAACAGCCAAGGGCAAAGGCAGAGCUCCACCCGACGAUACGCCCACGUCCCCGACUGAACAUACUAAACAAGAUUCUAGUGAUGAAGAAGAUGAAGACGACGAAGACAACGAAAGCGGUACCGAGGAUGAAGACGAUGCUGACCAGACUACCGACACUAUUUCAGGGAAACCUUUGUUUGCUCUUGACCAUUGUCGCCAAAUCGGAGCCAAGUACGCUUUUCAAAUAGCUUACGCGGAAGUCCAGAAUAUCAGUGUUCGCAUCAGCCCAGUAGAUCCCAAUGGCAUGUCAAUUACAUGUAGUUGCAGUAUGGAUUUUUGUCCACAUUCGAAGUGGCUACUUGAGCAACUUGCGAGAAGUAAGACGCGUGGUAGUGGAAGAGACCCAGGUCCAUAUGAGCAUAUCACAACCACCGGUCUCUCAAAUAUCUGUCACAAGCUGGGCUGGGAAUUGGUAGAGACAGGAGUCGUAGCAGCAGAGAAUGAAUACCAGCUGCAGAAACAGGAAUCUCGAAACACGGAGCUACAAACUGAAAGUGUUCAAGACAAGGUCGAUACGGUAUGCGAUAUACUAGCGACUCUUUCGCCUAACAAGUUCGCUGGCGAUUUCAAAUCGAGCAUCUUCGGACACAAUUACGCACACUCAAAUAGCGAUAACAUUCUGGCACCACGCGACCUCGAAACAACCGUAGGACGUAUGCUUUUCGGAGACGACGAUUUGCUACAACGUUUCAAAUCACUCGUACCAAGCGAGCUUCGGGCAACAGAGUACUUUCGCAAAAUGGCCGAACGAGCAGAUUACAUGACCAGGUUGCUGGAUGCAUUCUCGAGGUCUGGCAGACAGCAUCAUGAUAUUGACCACGACGUGAUUUGGUGCGCUCAGCAACUCGUCAAUAUUGUAGACUCCAUCCACCAAAACGUCACAUUACGGCAACCCCUAUCGCCCGAAUCACGAGGAGAAGCCGCCCGAGCGCUGGUGAAGAUCCUCGAUAUAGUGAUAUACAAGAACCGAGAGCUUUACCAAGAUAGGGAUCCGGCAGUGCGCAGGAAACGUCCACAUGGAGAACCUCAGACAGAGCGAAAUCUAUACAUGCGCUUAAUAGGUGUCAAUGGUGAUUCCAACCCUGCUGGCGGUACAUUUGUUCUGAGAGCUCUCGAGGAUCUACCCGAAGCGGUUGGGCACGUCGAAAAGUUGGAAGAGCAAUUGGCGAUGCUAGAUUCCGUUGCUUGGAGCGCACCACAAGCAUACCUCUCCAAACUCCGCGGAAUCGUUUCUCGCUUAAGAGGUGACAGCUCCUCAUCGUCGAUGAAAGCACGAUACCCAUCUACGACGAUGAAAACACGAAAAAGACGAGACGCUGGAGGAGAUACGAGUAGUGCAAAGAGGUUGAAGUGA